AUGCCCAGAAAAGCAAAGAAGGAAUCUAAAGGCAAGGGACCAGACUGCCACCACACGUAUGAUCCCAUCACCACAAUCCCCGUUGACCUCGAUGUCGCCAUAGACAUUCUGGAAGAGGGAGCCACUGUUCUAGGACGCCACCUGUUCAAUAUCGAACACCAUCGCUACGUGGAAGGCUUCUACACCCCGGAAUCCUCCAACGAAGCUCGGCCUCUCCAUCUACAAGCCGAGCUGGCUAUUGAGAGAAUCAUGGGGACGAGUAAUUGGGCAGGUGGCCGCCCGCUGAAGCCCUUGAUGGACGCAGUCGCACGCGAUUAUGAAAGAAAAUGGGGACAUGGUGGUGUCUACCACGAUCUGCUCAGCACCUACCCUGAAUGCAGGGACGAGAUCGAGAAGAACCUGGACAAACACGACAUGGCGAAUUAUAUGGUGCGUGAGAUUGAACGUAGCUGUUACCUCGUUCGCAGAGCCGCCGCCCAACCCCCACAGCCAGACCGUAGAACUGUGUAUAUUCUUGGACAGAUUGCAAGCACCUGA